GCCAGUCGUAUCGACAACAGGCACCCAGACCGACCCACUAUCCAUGGCAGAGGUUGAGGCGAUCCGCUCGUACGUCUGCGUGACAACUUGCAAGGACACGGGUGAUUUGAAUGUCAAAUUCUCCAACAGGAUAAAUCCUUUCAUCACGCGAAAAGGGGUGAAAGAGACCCUCCGCAUGCGGUUGGCGCAAGUCACCAAACAGCAAGAGAUGGCAAAGGACCUCGAAAAAAAGGUGGCUGAGGCUUUACAAUUGCUUCAAGCCGAAAAAAAUAAAAUCGAAUCGAGCAUUCAAGCUAUCAGAGAGGAAGAAAUAGCCGAAGAAGAGGAGAAGAGAAGAAAGGAGGAAGAAGAAGCAAAGUUGCAAGAAAAGGCAAGGGCUGCUUCAUUGGCCAAACAGCAACAAGACGAUGAAGCCCGAAAGUUGGCUUAUCGGAAGCAAGUCACCCUGGAUAAACAGAUACAAAUCCAUGUAAAUCAACACCAUUCACCAGAAGCGCCACCGAAAGCACCAUCAAAGAAACGACCUCGAGAGAAAGACACCAAGAAGACACCAGGAAAGAAGGCGUGCACAAAGUCAGGCAAGAACAAGAAAAAAGUUAAGGAAAAUUUUACACCAGCAGAAGAAAAUGCAAUCAUAACGGCUGCGAUAAAUAAUUGGAAAACAAUUAUACUAGGAGGACAAGGAGGAAAAAUACUCGGCGCUGUACAAAGCUGUAAAUGCAAUGUCCAUGCCAUUAGAUAUUAAAAAUCUUAAACAGGCCUGAGCGAAGAAAAAUUAUUACGCGUGCCCAGAUAUCCUUCUUUUACAAUUUUUCAUGCGCACUUUUCCAUCGGUAUUAAAAUAAAAUGACUUGGUAAUAUUUCGUAUUCUGCAAUA